AUGAGUAAACGAAAGUCUAAGGAUGCUCCAAUGCCACUUGGCAAAUGUAUCACACAGCUUCAGAAGUGUAUGAGGGAGCGACUUUGCCAGGAGCAGCUCCCUAGCAGGCUUGAAGCAUCAGAGGCCCACCACAAACACUUGCUGGGGUUGCUGACGCGAACUGCCAUCAAUGGGGAAAGUAACUCUGUGCUCAUCGUAGGUCCGAGGGGAUCAGGGAAAACCACGCUCCUCAAAUGCGUGUUAAGAGACCUGAUGCAGGAAAAAGAAGUGCAGAACAACCUCCUGCAGGUUCAACUGAAUGGCCUCCUGCAGACUGACGACCGAAUAGCUCUAAAAGAAAUAACACGACAACUCAAUCUGGAAAAUGUUGUUGGAGACAAAGUGUUUGGGAGCUUUGCAGAGAACCUGGUAUUUCUACUGGAAGCACUGAAGAAAGGUGACCGCAGCACCACCCGCCCAGUCUUGUUUGUCCUGGAUGAGUUUGACCUGUUCGCACACCACAAAAACCAAACUCUGCUGUACAACUUGCUAGACGUGUCUCAGUCCGCUCAGGCGCCGGUCGCUGUGGUUGGUCUCACCUGUAGGCUUGAUGUUCUGGAGUUACUGGAGAAGCGGGUGAAAUCACGCUUUUCCCACCGUCAGAUCAACCUGCUUAACAGCCUGAGUUUCACUCAGUACUUGGAGCGAGUCAAAUCCCAGCUCAGCCUGCCGGAUGACUUUCCCGACAAGAGGUUUGCUCAGAACUGGAACAGCAGUGUGCAGAGUUGUUGUGAAGACCAAUCGGUGACAGAGGUUUUACGGAGACAUUUUAACUCCAGUAAAGACUUCCGAUCAAUGCACAGGCUGCUGAUGUUGUGUUUAAGUCACAUCUCUACUGUAAAUCCGACCAUCAAACCAGCAGACGUGCUAGAAGCCAGCAAACUAUGUUUCAGCGACGCCAAGUCUAAUAUGCUUCAUGGGCUUUCCAUCCUCGAGUUGUGCCUGGUCAUUGCCAUGAAGCACCUCAAUGACAUCUACGAAGGAGAACCCUUUAACUUUCAGAUGGCUCACAACGAGUUUAAGAAGUUCCUGCAGAGAAAGUCUAACUCCAUGUACAACUUUGAGCAGCCCGUUGUCAUGAAGGCCUUCGAGCACCUGCAGCAGCUGGAGUUGAUCAGACCUGUUGACUCCUCUUUAGCCAAAACACAGAGAGAAUACCAGUUGAUGAGACUUGUGCUGGACAACAGCCAGAUCAUGGAGGCUCUGCAGAAGUACCCACAAUGCCCCACAGAUAUCAAACAGUGGGGCAUGUCUGCAUUUGGUUAG